GCACUUCACUCAACUCGGUAGAAACAAUAAUACUCGAAAUUAUUAUUCACUUCGUUUCUUUGUUCGCAAAACCGAUAAAUAUUGAUAAUCGGGAUGAUAAUAGUUUUUUUUUGUUAUUGUUCCUAUCGAGUUGAGUGAAAUAUCGUGGAAGGGAUGUCGUUUAACAUGCGAUGUCCCUGAGCGUGCGAAAUUUUGACAAGCUGAACUGGUGAACUUUAAAUCUUAUCCGUUUAAAAAGUAUAGUAGCCUCGACAUUUUGGUAUUAGGAGUUUAUCUCAGGAAUCUACCCCAUACGAGUACUUAACGAGUUAUACGGUAAGUUUGGGCCACUCUAUAUACAAUAAAAGCGUGAAAAAACAGUAUGUUAUUGGUAAACCAUGUGUUAUCAUGGAAAAAUUUAAUCUCGCUUUCUCGAUCAAUCAUUCUCGAUCUUCUGAUACACAAUGACGAGAUAUUAGAAUUAAUAUCUCUACCUUCACGAAUCACGAAUAAAAGCAUCGCACAGAAAUUACGUCAUAUAAUAGCUACAUACAACAAAAGAAAAUUUAAUGUGUAUAUGUAUGUAUAUAUAAAGAUCUAUACAAACUAGAAUGCAAUAUAUACUCGGAGAUUGUGUGAAUAAAAAUAUAAAUAUAAAUCAAGUAAAUGCUAAACAUAAAAUAUUUGAGAGGGACUAAUACAUGUGUGUAUACACAAACUUUGAAAUAGCACACAAAAUAAUUAAAGAUCUCUGAGAAAAAUAGGAAAGACAAUUAAAUUAAGACAUUUAAAUCAAGACUUGCAAGAGAUCAUAAAAACAUUUGGUUCGCAAUUAAUACAUUAGUUGAGCAGUUUUAUAUUUUCUUUCGCAAUAACUCAAGCAGAACCAACCGUCACGAUUACAUAUCAAUAUAAUUUCAAAGUAUAACUGCCAAAACUUUAUUUUUAAUCAUUUUUUACCUUUAUGACUUUAUGUCUGUUCUGCUUGAAAAAUUCUGAAAAACAAUUUUUAAGUCAACAGAUGUGUAACGUGACGCACAUCAGCGCACAGCUGGACACAAAAAGGUGAUAAAACUUUGCAAGAUGUAUAAUUCUGCGAAGAAACAAUUAAUUCUGCCGAUAAGAUCUAUAGAUUCCGUCUAUUCCUAUUUUCGCGAUGCGGAUCGCAAACAAAGCACGUCGAUCGCACACUAUGAUCGCAUUAGAAAUUAUGACGGAUUAGGCACUCGACGCGAAUUACAUAGAUUGCAUCUGACGAGAUCGCGCGGCACGGUAAACAAUUCGAUGACAUUUAUAGUAAAUAUAUAUAACAGCGCCACGUACGUAUAUAUACGCAUUCAAGUUGAGAGGAUCGUAUCAGAAUUCAUUUCGACCCUAUCGAUACACAACGUUGAUCUCGUCGGGCGACGAUGAUGCCGUUGCCGUUGUCGAUUCUCUUCUUCGCGAUCAUAGCGUCCGCGUGCGCGACACCGAACGCGGAACAGUACUUGGACGAUCAGACAGAGGAUGUCCAACAUCCAGUGGAGCGGAUACCGGCGCUUCCGGAACUCGACGAUUUCCUCACACAAAAGGUGCCUGAGGACGCGAAACUUACCACUCUGGAAAUAGUGAAGAAAUAUGGCUAUAAUGGUGAACUGCACACGGUGGUUACCGUUGACGGUUACAUCUUGGAACUGCAUCGGAUAACGGGGCGAAUUCAAGCGGCAACCAAUUCUAGUGAUGUGCAGAAACCCGUUGCAUUCUUGAUGCACGGUCUUCUGUGCAGCUCGGCGGCUUGGGUCCUUACCGGACCGGAAAAAAGUUUAGCGUUUCUCCUGGCGGAUCUGGGAUACGACGUGUGGCUGGGCAACGCGCGUGGCAGCACGUAUUCUCGCAAGCACGUGUCUUCGUCUGUGCUAGAGAAGGAGUAUUGGGAUUUCAGUUGGCACGAGGUCGGCAUGCGCGAUCUUCCCGCGACGAUAGAUCACAUCCUGCAGAUCACGGGUCAGGAGAAGCUGUUCUAUUUGGGCCACAGCCAGGGUACUACCGCCUUCUUCGUCAUGGCAUCCGAGCUGCCGAAGUACCAGGACAAGGUCCACGCGAUGUUCGCUAUGGCUCCGGCUACCUACUGCGGCAGGAUGCCGAGUCCCAUUAUGCAGUUCCUGUCGAAAUUCGUUGGUUCAAUCAAUAUCAUUUUUAAAUUAAUUGGCAUGUACGAAUUCGAACCCACUGGCGAGACGAUGAGGAAGUUCCAGGAGCUGGUGUGCUCGGAAGAGGCCAUUACGCAGCCCCUGUGCUCGAACGUACUCUUCUUGAUUGCUGGCUUUGAUCGUGAUCAGUUCAACACGACUCUCUUACCGGUCAUCUUGGGCCACACCCCCGCUGGCGCGUCCACGAAACAAGUAAUACACUUUGCACAACUGAUAAAUACUGGGUACCUUAUCUUACCAGGAAAAUUUAGACAGUACGAUUAUAAUAUACUUGGGAACUUAAAGAGAUAUGGCAAGCUCACUCCACCGUCCUACGAUUUGGGAAAGAUCAAGGUGCCGGUCUCGCUGCAUUACGGCACCAACGACUGGUUGGUGAACGUCAAAGAUGUGGAUAAAUUGUACAGAUCACUGGGCAAUCCUUACGGUAAAUUUCGAGUGCCGUAUAAGAAAUUCAAUCACUUGGACUUUAUGUGGGCCAUUGACGUGAAGGAGCUUCUCUACGACAAGAUAUUGAGUCUAAUGACGCACUUUCCGCAUUGAUCUGCAAGUGUCAUCUCCAAUAUCUUAUCUUUCAAAUUCUGUAGGAGUUAAUAUGCAAUAUGGUCCUACGGAGAAUCGAUUAUUUGCUAACGAAAAUUGUCUCUCAUCGAUGGUAUUUAAUUUAUCUUAAAAGUUCGUGCUUGUGAUAAUUGUUUACUUAGUCUAUAUCACACUUAAUCAUGAAUUUUUUAAUAUAUAUAUAUAUAUAUAUUAAAAAAUUCAUGAUUAGAUAGAUAGAUAAGAAAAGAAUUUUCUUGAUAUCAAGAAAUUUUUUUUCACAUAUACGUUUUUGUAAAAACUUUGCAUUUUCAUAUCGUAUUGUUUAAAGUAAUUUGCUACGAGUAACUAAUAAUUAAUAAUUUAUGAUGUUCCUGAAAACUUGUGAAAAAUAAUUACUACUUGCUGUCGCGCCUUUACAAAAAAUCGUUUUAAUUAACAAUACAAUUAACAAUGAAUGCGAUCGAGAUUUGAAUUCUGGAAAGUAUAGAAAUGUAUAUUCAACCAUUGAUUUAAUAAACUUGGUGAUAAAAGUGUCGUGCGUCUUGAUAUUCGGUGAAUAUAAUCGGUAUCUCUAAUUAUACUAAUUAUCAAAGAUAAUGUGAUAACUAUAUGUGAUAAUAAUCGAAGGUAUUUCUAUUUACUUUCGUAUCUCCUAAGGUAGACUAUCUCUAUGUACUUGUUAUUUUAGUAGACGAGUUACUCUUUUAUAAGACGGAAAAAUAUGUAACUAUGUUAAGGAUCGACUAAUGUAACGAUAAGCUCUAACAGGAUAUUAAUAAACAUGAUAUCGCUCA